AUGAGAUCUGCAGGUAGUCCGCCAUUGCUGUGUGAAGAACUCUCGGAUUUGGCGUUUGGCUGUCAACAAUAAACUUGAGGUGCCGGAGCGGGGCUACGAGGUCGAGUGAAAGCUCGUCGGCUGCUCCUCUAACCAGCAGUCACCCCCGUCCCUCCGUGGAGUUUACUUUCAUGUGAAUACAGAGCCCACGGACGAGGCAACCAUGUCCAAUCUCAGCAAAGGCGGCACCAAGAAGGACACCAAAAUGAGGAUACGGGCCUUUCCUAUGACGAUGGAUGAAAAAUACGUCAACAAUAUCUGGGACCUUCUGAAGAAUGCCAUCCAGGAGAUUCAGAGGAAGAACAACAGCGGCCUGAGCUUCGAGGAACUGUACAGGAACGCCUACACAAUGGUGCUCCACAAACACGGAGAGAAGCUGUACACGGGCCUGCGGGAGGUCGUCACUGAACAUCUUAUCAACAAAGUUCGAGAAGAUGUCCUCAACUCCUUAAACAAUAACUUUCUUCAAACCUUAAAUCAGGCAUGGAAUGACCAUCAAACAGCCAUGGUGAUGAUCAGAGACAUCUUGAUGUACAUGGACCGGGUGUAUGUACAGCAGAACAACGUAGAGAACGUCUACAACCUGGGCCUUAUCAUCUUUAGGGAUCAGGUGGUUCGUUACGGCUGCAUCAGAGACCACCUCCGGCAGACAUUGCUGGACAUGAUCGCACGAGAGAGGAAGGGAGAGGUGGUAGACAGGGGGGCCAUUAGAAACGCUUGCCAAAUGUUAAUGAUCCUCGGCCUUGAAGGGAGAUCUGUUUAUGAAGAAGACUUUGAGGCGCCUUUCUUAGAAAUGUCUGCAGAAUUUUUCCAGAUGGAGAGCCAAAAGUUCCUCGCAGAAAACAGUGCCAGUGUGUAUAUAAAAAAAGUAGAAGCCAGAAUCAAUGAAGAGAUUGAGCGAGUGAUGCACUGCCUAGACAAAUCCACAGAGGAGCCCAUUGUCAAGGUGGUGGAACGGGAGCUCAUUUCCAAACACAUGAAAACCAUCGUAGAGAUGGAGAACUCCGGCCUGGUGCACAUGCUUAAAAAUGGCAAAACUGACGAUUUGGCGUGCAUGUACAAGCUAUUCAGCAGGGUUCCUAAUGGACUGAAGACCAUGUGUGAGUGCAUGAGCUCGUACCUGCGGGAGCAAGGAAAGGCCUUGGUGUCAGAGGAGGGAGAGGGAAAGAACCCUGUAGACUACAUCCAGGGUUUGCUGGACCUGAAGUCACGAUUUGACCGUUUCCUGCAGGAGUCGUUCAAUAAUGACAGACUCUUCAAACAAACCAUUGCAGGAGACUUUGAGUACUUCCUCAAUCUCAACUCUCGCUCCCCGGAGUACCUCUCACUCUUUAUUGAUGACAAACUAAAGAAAGGAGUAAAAGGGUUGACAGAGCAGGAAGUAGAGUCUAUACUGGACAAGGCUAUGGUGCUAUUCCGCUUCAUGCAGGAGAAGGACGUGUUUGAGAGGUACUACAAGCAGCACCUUGCCCGCAGGCUGCUCACCAACAAGAGCGUGUCAGACGACUCUGAGAAGAACAUGAUCUCAAAGCUCAAGACGGAGUGCGGCUGUCAGUUCACCUCGAAGCUGGAGGGCAUGUUCAGGGAUAUGAGCAUCUCCAAUACCACCAUGGAUGAGUUUAGACAACAUCUACAGACCACCGGGGUAUCACUCGGUGGAGUCGAUCUCACUGUGAGAGUCCUGACCACAGGAUACUGGCCAACACAAUCAGCUACACCCAAGUGCAACAUCCCCCCUUCACCGCGACAUGCAUUCGAAGUCUUUAGAAGGUUUUAUCUUGGUAAACACAGCGGCAGACAACUCACACUGCAGCACCAUAUGGGCUCUGCAGAUCUAAACGCCACCUUUUACGGUCCCAUCAAAAAGGAGGACGGGUCAGAGGUCGGGGUAGGAGGAGCUCAGGUUACAGGAUCCAACACCAGGAAGCACAUUCUGCAGGUCUCCACCUUCCAGAUGACCAUCCUCAUGCUUUUUAACAACAGAGAGAAGUCCACUUUUGAGGAGAUCCAGCAAGAGACGGACAUCCCAGAGAGGGAGCUUGUUCGGGCGUUGCAGUCUUUGGCCUGUGGGAAACCCACCCAGAGAGUCCUCACCAAGGAGCCUAAAUCCAAGGAGAUAGAGAAUGGCCAUGUGUUUACAGUCAAUGACCAAUUUACCUCCAAACUCCACCGUGUCAAGAUCCAGACAGUGGCUGCCAAACAGGGUGAGUCAGACCCAGAGAGGAAGGAGACACGGCAGAAAGUGGACGAUGAUAGAAAGCAUGAGAUUGAAGCUGCCAUUGUUCGCAUCAUGAAGUCAAGGAAGAAGAUGCAGCACAAUGUCCUAGUAGCAGAGGUAACGCAGCAGUUGCGAGCACGAUUUCUCCCUAGUCCUGUAGUAAUCAAGAAGCGCAUCGAAGGACUCAUUGAGCGAGAAUAUUUGGCACGAACACCAGAGGACCGAAAAGUGUACACCUAUGUAGCAUAAAAUUCAAUGCAAGCUUAAAUGGAGUUAAAAACAACUGAGAGCCUUGUUUUUGGUGGACUGCCAUGGGUUUGAACGAACAUGGAAGUGCUUUCAUCGUUGAUUCUGGGAAACACUGGGAAGCUUAACUUUUCUUCCAUGAAAAUGUGUAAAAGAAAAAAAAGCGUCAUGUACAAGCUGGGGAAGUAUUCUAGCAUUGUUAGAUUACUUCUGCUGAGAAAAGAGAAAGGAGUGGAUCUAGUUUUGUACAAAAUCAUGUUUUAUGUGGCCUUCGGAGAGAAUUGGGCGAGCCUGUCUGACAAUUACUUAUAUGAUGCUGAGAAUGAGAGUGAACAUGUUUAAGCAUAAGUGGCAACAUGGAGACCAAGAAAACAUUUGAAUCACUCCCCUGUUUUUAAUGUUGAUGCCAAUGUGUUCUGUUGUUUUUUUUUUUUUCCUUAUUUUUUUUUUUUAACUUUUUUUUUGUGGCACAUUGAUGGCUGUACAGAUGGACAGACACUCUUGGCCCCUUCCUCUCAAAGGUUUUAAAUUGAAAGAAGAGGAGGAAGUGGUGACUGAUAUAGACCUGGUUUUAAACGGCUGCACAAGAACAUUUUGAGUACUUGAGAAUUCAUGACGAGUGCUUAACUUGCGCUGCAUUUAUGUCUGUUUUUUGAGGUUGUUUUAAUAUCUGAUACAAACUAAGUGCACCUCACAUAGCUAAAAUAUUUAAUGUCAUUUUCAAUGUUUUAGCCAGGUCUGUACUAGUGUCUAGUACAUAAAGAGAUCAAGAGCUGCAGCUUCACAGCAUGUUUUUAUCUAGUGGAUCGAUCAGGGGAAUACGACACACAAAAGCUCCAUAAACAGUGUUUGGUCUCUCGUGACACAUUUUUCACUUAAGGCCUGCUGUAUGAUCGGCCAAUAAAUGUAUCUCCUCUCUUUGAAUGGAAGGUUCUCUUGUGGUGCAGGUUUCAAAGAGGAUUUUUUUUUGUCAUUCUUGACUGCAUUUUGAACGGGUGAAACCAGUCCAGCACCAUGUUCUAAUGUGUACAAAUUGUAAAAUAUUAAUUGUACUCACUGCAAAGGUGGAUUGUACAGGGCCUUGUUUUCAUCAUAUUAAAUGUAGAAUAAAAAAGUGUAGGGAUGGA